AUGUAUAACACCGCAAUGAAGCUAUGAUAGCAUACAGCAAUUUCCUGGCCGACGGACAGGCUAACAAUGGAUAAUCGGGUAGCGGUACUGCAUCAUGGCCUUCGCAACACAUGUUAUAAAAGGUCAUUAUGCUCCUUCAAUUCUGCACAACAAAUCUUCCGCGCGCUGAUCGUCACUCGCCAUGCGAACAUCUGCAAAACGCCAGUCCUCAUCUCCCACAGAUGUUAUCACAUAUCGUUUUAACAAUAAAAUGAUGUAUGUCCCGCCGGCAGAGAACUUCGAUCAAGCAGUCACAUUUGCCAGAUCAGCAUUCGAGAGCGAUCUCACUGGGAUUGACAAAAGCCAGAUAUCCUUCUCGCUGAAUGUGCUGGCGAAUGGGAAGCAGAGUUCUGUGGGUAUCAGCAGUGUGGCAUGGUCGAGAAUGAUGUCACAUUUGGCACGAUAUGAGAUAAUAGACAUACACGUCCAGCCGGAGAUCAAAGUAUCCGGGCCCCCUCCAAGCUAUCAACCUUGUGGCUCGACCGAGGACGACGAGAAGCAGCAGCACUUGUCAUCACAUUCAUCAUCAGCUUUCCACAGUUUCAUUCCGAAACGUCUGUUUCAGCGGCUGAGUGCCUGAUUACAGCAUGAUGCUAGGCACCUUUGGGCUUCCAGUAUUAUUUCGCUAUGUAUACCUAGCUAUCUUCACAUAUGGAGUAUUAGUGUUUCAGCUCAUAUCCGAUACCCAAGCGAAGUCAAUAUUCAGUUAGUGUUGAACAUUUUGGCGAGACGGAUAUUAUUAUUUUAAUAUUUCAUAUGAUAUUACUGCUGUAUCAAUUCAUAGAUUGAAUAAAGACGUGUAUUACUAUG